AGUUCACAAUGUCAAUUUAUCCGGGAGUGCGGCCGCCGAUGAAGAGAGGACCGAAACCACAAUCAUUCUUCGACGACACACCAGUAGCAUCUUCCGACGAUCCACCAGACUUCGAAAGUCACAUUGUACUACGUGUACCUGAAGAUUGUGUGGGUAGAAUCGAGAAAAUCAUUCAAUCGGACGGAAAACACGAGGAAUUCUCGUUAAAUUUGAAUUCAGACGCUCGAAAUUCCACAGUCAGAAUCGGAAAUCAACUGUUAAAUGGAAAAAUCCUGGAUCUUCCCACUAUAACAGAAAUCCACAAGACAUUAGACAACAAAAGCCUGUAUAAAGUCGCAGAUGUCUCACAGAUCCUUGUCUGCACCCAUGAUUCCAUCAAUUCAAUAGCUUCAAGCUCUGAAGAUGCUGCUCAGAAAGCAGCAGCGGCAAAGGCAAAACAAUGGCAAUACCCGCACGGACUGACGCCUCCCAUGAAAUCGGCGAGGAAGAAGCGAUUUCGAAAGACUAAGAAGAAAAAGUUUAUGGAUGCUCCAGAGGUUGAGAAGGAGCUCAAGAGACUGCUCCGUGCAGAUUUGGAAGCGGAUAGUGUGAAAUGGGAAAUUGUGGAAGGGAAUAAGGAAGGUGCGACGGAUGAAGUAAGGACGCAGCGGCAUGUCACUUAUCCAUCAAGUAGUGAAGAUGAAUCUGAUGUUGGAGAUGAUGAUGAUAAGGAUGAUUAAAUUUCUUAAGAUGAUAAUUUUAUUUCGCUGUUUUUUAUUACGGCAACACAAAAUUCUGAGAAUGCGUACUGCACAACAUAUUUGACGCGCGCAAAAUAUAACUAUAUCUCGCAGCGAAAACGAUUUACAGCAAAGUUCCAUUAUUUUUUUUGCCAUUUUUUGUUUAAUUUUAAUAUUCUAUAUAUCGAUGAAUAAAUUUUUUUUUUUCGUUCUAAAAAAAUUGGAAAAUUGAAAAAAAAAAAAAGUUUCUGAAAAAAGUGGCAAAUAUUUGUUCUAAAUAUUCAAAAAAAGAUUUUUCUAUUUUACAAAAAAUAAAUUUCAAAUAUUUAAUGAUUUUUUCUGGGUAUUUUUUUUUCAAAUUUUUAAGAAAAUGACUUUGAAAUGACUUUUCUUAAAAUUCUGAAAAAAAAUACCCAGAAAAAAUCAUUAAAUAUUUGAAAUUUUUUUUUGUAAAAUAGAAAAAUCUUUUUUUGAAUAUUUAGAACAAAUAUUUGCCACUUUUUUCGGAAAAUAAUUUUUUUCAAUUUUCCAAUUUUUUUAGAACGAAAAAAAAACAUUUAUUCAUCGAUAUAUAGAAUAUUAAAAUUGAACAAAAAAUGGAAAAAAAAUAAUACUGAAAAACGAAUGAAAAUGGAACUUCGCUGUAAAUCGUUUUCGCUGCGAGAUAUAGUUAUAUUUUGCGCGUCAAAUAUGUUGUGCAAUACGCAUUCUCUGAAUUUUGUGCUCCCGUAAUUUUUUUAUUUAUUUAUUGAACAAGACAAACAAAAAGAAAAAGAAACAACAAUUUCAUGCAUUGUUGGGUUUCUACAAUCUCUAAAAAGUUAUCGUUUUUUUCGAAAACUAUACUUU